UAAGUCUGUCUUUUUCCUCUUCUCGCUCCAACUGUACGCUCAUGGCUUCUUCAAGAUUGGUCGAAUUGUUUCUCCUGUGGAACCUGUGCGGUUGGAUUAUUCUUAUUCUGCAUGCAAACUUCACGGAGGGACUAGCCGAUGAUAGUGAUUGGCUCCGACGGAUUAGCGGGAACGUGGCGCCUUACCGGACAAUCUUUGUCGACCCAUCGGGGCGGCUCGGCAACUUCACCACCAUACAGUCUGCCAUCGAUUCCGUUCCCUCGAAUAAUAGUAACUGGGUUUGCAUCUAUAUCAAGAAAGGGAUUUACAGGGAGAAGGUGAAAAUACCGGAGGACAAGCCAUACAUCAUCCUCAAAGGACAAGCAAAGAAGACAACCGAGGUCGUGUGGGACGACCACGAGAACAUUGUGCAGAGCCCGACUUUCACAUCUCUGGCCAAUAACAUCAUCGCUAAAAGCAUAAGUUUCAGGAAUUCUUAUAACAAUCCGGUUAAUAAGAAAAUUCCUAGGGUUCCAGCAGUCGCGGCUAGGGUUUCAGGGGACAAGAAUGUGUUCCACAGGUGUGGUUUCUAUGGUUUGCAAGAUACGUUGUGGGACGACCAAGGACGACAUUAUUUCAAGCGCUGCACUGUCCAAGGCGCCGUCGAUUUUAUCUUCGGUGGUGGGCAGUCCAUUUACGAGAAUUGUGCAAUAUCAGUGCUUGGAGGAGCCCUAGGGACUGGAGUGACGGGAUUCAUCACAGCGCAAGGAAGGAGCAACCCAGACGAUGCAAGCGGGUUCGUGUUCAAGGAGUGCAAUGUGUUUGGCUCCGGCUCGGCCUUGUUGGGAAGGGCGUGGAGAGCCUACGCAAGAGUCGUCUUCUAUCACUCCAAUUUCACCGACGUCGUGAAUCCUCGAGGCUGGGACGCAUGGAAUUUUGCCGGACAAGAGUCCCAAUUGAGCUUUUCAGAAUACGGGUGCUACGGACCCGGGUCGGAUACUUCUCUCCGGGUGAGUUGGGAGAAGAAGCUGAACGCGGCGACGAUCAACCAGUUGACCGGCACGAGUUUCGUCGACUCCGAAGGAUGGCUAAGCAGUCAGCCCUUCUGAUACACUGCAUGGAUUUGGAUUACCUUCUGUUAUUCCCUUUUCCAUCACGGAAAUGAGUGAAUUAGUUGAUUGGAUUAUUGGCAUGUAACUAGGAAUAGGUGGUUCAGAAGUUGGUGUAGUUAUGUCCAUCUUUUUGCUGAUGUAAAUUGUCAUUCAUCACAUU